AUGGCUGCAGCUACCGGAAAGAAGGUGGACGUUAAAAAUGGCCAAAAGGACCAAAGCGAAAACCAAGGAACAGCCGGCGAGGGUGACGCUCCCACAAAAAAACCUGUUGCUGCUCGACCUGUCGGCAAAAGAUGGCACAAAUUCCGCGCUCUGACACCAAAUACAGCGAUCCUCCGUGGCUCGUACGCGAUGACUGAUCCUCAUUUUAAAUAUCGAAGUCGUGGUCGCCAAGCCGCCCCAGCAUCAGUGGUGGCCAUUGUUUACGGUCGUCUCUUCGAGCCCAAAGAAUGGACCAAAGAGUACGUGGACCAAGUAUUGGAGAACGGCGACAAAGUGUAUCGUACGAGCGCAAUGAAGAACCACGUGAAAGACGACGAAUACAUGAAGGCCAGAUUGAUACAUCCAGAAUUCUACAUAUCGAAUUAUAAGAUCUUGGUCUGUGUCGAGGAGACUGGUAUUUAUGGUAACCUCUUCAGCGAGACGGUGGGCUGUCCAGAUUUCGCUGACGGUCUGAGGAAGUUCUUCCAAAGCAGCGACUCCGGAAUAAUAACCGCACAGGGGACGUCGAUGGCAAUGUGGCGACAUCCGGACGUUGGCUUCGUCUACUUCGACCCUGCACCCUGUGACGAAGAUGGCGUCCAUAAUCCUGCGGGUGUGGCCUGCGUCAUGAGGUUCAAGUGUAUGAACGACCUGAGGGACCAUUUUUUAAAGAGUAUGGACCAACGAUACGAUUCUCGGUACUGCAUCGACAAAGUCACCGUUCUUCGAGUCAGCGAGGUCGGUCGAGGGUACGUCGAUCGUAAUCCAAGUAGCAGUCGGCUGGCAGUCGACAAAAGCGUUCUACGGGCCAUCAAUCCUGUGGACAUCGACGAGAACAAAAUGGACUGCACGAAACCGGUUCCCAAAGGGGACAAGGUGAAGACCACCACCACCGCGAAGAUCCACCGGGAACCGUUGUCGAUCACCAUUUCGAACUACAGUAUCGACAAGAAAUUCGCCACCGAUCCUCUGGUGGAUCAGAACCAAUUCGACACCGGUUACAGUUACGAGAACAUGCACGUGAACGUACCGUCGACGUUCAGAGAGCUGCCCGGCUACAUGGCGCUCCUCCACGGGCUGACACACGAGGGCAGCGAGGUGUACAAAGGCAAGGGGGCGCAGAACGUGGCGAACUGCGUGAUGGCAAUCGCGAUGAAGAAGGUUCAUCCGGUGAAAACGUGGCUGAGACCGAAACUCGACGAGAUAUUGUCCCUCGGCGAUACUCUGUACGCAGAUGUGAAGUCCGAGAAGCCGAUGAUGAAGUCGAUGACCGCGUCCGAUCUGUUCGACGUGAAGAUCCAGGUGGAGGACCGAAAGUUGGUGAUCGACGUGGAUCUGAUUACGGUCACAGGUACCGUCAGCUCGAAGAUCCCCACGGUGCUGAACCUGAAACAGGCUCUGGAGGAGUUCUUUCUGGUGAACACGGAAGGCGUUAUCGAGUCGUCCUCGAUGUCCGUGGCCAUCUGGAGCCAGGACGAUUGUUACUACAUGUUCGAUCCCCGUCAAUGUGACCUGAACGGUCUACGAAUUCGCGAAGAGAAGGGUAAAGGUAAAAACGAGGAAGAGAAAAAGAAAGGGAACUGCUGCGUGAUGAGAUUCCCGAAGACAGAGCCUCUCGCGACACUGUUUUGGAAGGACCUCGAGCAGUCCAAGAAGAACGAUCGAUUCACUAUCAGACACAUUACCAUCUUGGAUGACGUUCCUGGGACCAGGCCAUGGUACGAUUUCCAGCCGGGAACAGCCGGGGAGACUUGGGUUCUCCAGGGGACCAUUUCGAACGAGGAAGAAGAAUUCGAGGAUGAAAGUCGAGGGAAUCAGGGAUUGGCUAUGCCAGUGGUAGCUUUGAUCGCUGCGAAAGAGACGCAACCCACGAAGUGGACAAGCGAGACGAUCGAUACGGUGAUUCACGAAGGAGACGCUUACUAUAACUGGUGUAAUCCGGCGACGGAUAUCGACGAGGAGGAGCAGAAGUAUUUCUUCGUGCCAAAUCUCAAGAAGAAUCUGUACUAUAAGAACAGGAAGGUGAAGAUCGAUGUAGAAGAAGGGACGGUCAUCGGGAAAUUAUCAGCGGCUGAUAACAGCGAUAUUCUAAACAUGGAGAAAGCCUUGGCGAACUUCUUUACGGACCAUCAGUACGGUAUCGUCGAUGUGAAGAACAUAAGCGUGGCUGUGUGGAAGAUGGAAGAGGACGUGAAAGAAAAAGAAGAAAUAGUGCAGCAAACCGUCUACUACUGUUUCGAUCCUAAUCCAAGAAACAACCGAGGUCUGUCAGAGUUGGACGAGGAAGAGUCACUCGGCACGGCCUGCGUGAUCAAGACCCUGAGCAUUCCUGUUCUGGCUAAGUUGAUCCAGGCAAACGCGGAGAAAGAGGAGGAGGAGAUCACCGAUGAAUUUGCUAUACACGAUAUGAAGAGCAUCCAGAUCGGUAACGAGAUGACUGAAGAGGAGAUCGAGGCGGACAAGCUGAUCCCCGUGAAGCCAGAUCUUCACAAUUAUAUAAGUACCGGUGAAAAUGGCGCCAUUCUGAUGGGAAGUUUCAAUCAGGCCAACGAAGUGAUGUUCAAGCGUCAAACCAGGGAUAAACAGCAAGCAGCCAGCGCGUUAGCGACUCUGGCCAUGACGAAAUUGUACAAUCCUCAUCUCUGGUACAGAGAAGUGGUCGAUGAUAUCCUGAAAAUUGGCGACAAGAUCGCCCAGGAGAAUUUAGAGAAUCUUCCAGAGGAUACAAUGGAAGAGGAGGAGACACCUAGGAACUACCUUCUUCCCGAUGAAAUUACCGAAGAGUUCACCGUCGGGGUGAAUAAAAUGUACGUCGAACUGGAAGCAGAAAAUGCCACUGGUAGGAUGGGGGAGUUGGAGGGCGUGUUGGAGAACUUCUUUGAGACGAAUGUGAUGGGUAUAUUCAGGCAGGAGAAUAUAAUAAUGCCCAUAUGGAGAGAAGCGGACGUGUACUUUACUAUGGAUCCUAAAGGAAGGGACUCUAGAGGCGAACCCCGUGAAAAGGAUGGCGCAGCCGUUGUAAUGUGGUUCACAGACGUUCCUUCAUUGAUAGCGGCGAUCCAACAGGUCGCCACUGGUGAUGAUUUCGUCAUAGAUUCCGUUACCCUGAGUAACGCCUACGAAACCAGAGUAGCCGAAGAAGAACGGCCGACCAAGCCAACCUCUGGAGAGGAUCCUUGGUACCACUUCCCCAAGAUGACCGAAGGUGUCUGGCACAUCAGCGGCACGGUUAAGAUGGACGACAACCGGUUCCAAGAGGACAAUCGAAACAAACAGACCGCAGCUAUAGCAGUGAUGGCCAUCGUCUUCGCAAAAGUCUACGAGCCUCGAUACUGGACACAAGCAGUUCUCGACGAGGUAAUCGUUACAGGUGACAAGCUACACUCGAAGUGCGUUGAAAGGUUAGGUGAAGGUGCGAUACCCAGGAUUAACGAAAUCAUGACCGAAUUCUUCCUCUCAACCCGCCGUAUCAAUCUAACGAUUAAAGACUGCGUCGAAGCUGGUAGCCUGACAGCCAAACCGCCCAAGGUCCAAGGUCUUAAGGACGGAAUAGAUAAGUUCUUUUCCAGAUACAGUUCCGGCGCACUGACCGUGAGCGGAAACAGGAACAUCUCGAUAUGGAAGUUCGAUAAUUUUUAUUACACUCUGAUACCCGAUUGGGUGGGCCCUACGGGGGAUGUGUCGUCGCUUGCUCCUAAGGUCUUGAGGGUGGCCAAUAUGGAGAUCUUGGUGGGAUAUUUGAUAGACUUCCUGGGAACUGAAAGCGACUACGAGAUGAUCGUCAUAAAGGUAGUAAAUUGGAACAAAUUUCCUCCGUGGAAAUUCGAUCCCAGCGCGGCUGUUCGCCCUUCGAAUCUACCGCCUUUGAAUGCGUACAGAAGAGUCCAAGGUGAGGCCAGAGCUAUCCUCCGUGGCAGCUACCAUCAGGGAGACGAGAUAUUCCCCGAGUCAUUCAGAAACAAGCAGACUGCCGCCAACUGCGUCGUCGCUAUUGGCAUGUCCGUGGUGAAGAACCCGAUCACAUGGACGAAGAAAACUAUGGACGAGGUUCUCGUGAUCGGAGCUAACGUGCAUCGGCUUACCGAGAAGGCUAAACCGACGAUAGUGAGGAUCAAGCCCAAGGACAUCAUCAGAGUGUUUUAUGUGGGAGUUAAUAUCCUGACCGCGGAUAUAGAAGCUAAAACAGUGACGGGUAUAGUGGCCAUACCGCCCCCUCAGCCCGAAGACAAGAAGAAGAAGAAGAAAAGAGGUGGUGGAAGAAGGGCCAAGGGAGGCAGAAGAUCGAAAAAGGCUAGAGGACCAACCAGAGUCCGACCACCACCGCCUCCACCGAUUCUAUUGGAGAAAGGUAUCCAGAAGUUCUUCGAGAACAAUCGAGCAGGAGUCGUGGUCACCGAUCGCGGGGCUGUGGCCAUCUGGAAGGACAUGGGGAUCUACUUCAUGUACGAUCCUAGAGCGCGUAGCGAUCAGGGUUUACCUGACUUCUAUGGAACCUCCUGCGUCAUGUGGUUCGCGUGUAUAGAGCCAAUGUACCAGGUUCUGUUCGCCAAUAUCGAUGACCAGGAAAAGUAUGGACGCUACCAGAUCUGCAGAGUAAUUAUCAAGACUGCUAAUAUCGAGCCUCUGCCUUGUCCAGCUGGGUUCAGACCUUACUUCGACUGUGUUUCACCGCCUAUUCCGGUGACUCAUGGCAACAGGAAUACCACGCUGGACGUGGAGACUGUGACCGAGUAUAAUUUCGUGGACGAAGAGCUCAGUGUGCUCCGUGGUACUCUGCAUAUGAACCAUCGAACCUGGAGCACCAUUAGCAGAAGCUACCAGAGCACCGCCAUUGCAGCUGUCGCCAUUGUCGUCGGUCUGCUUCACGUCCCUUCGACCUGGACACCCGAGCUUGUCGACGCUAUAUUGAAAUACGGCGAUCUGUUGCAUCUGGACAGUGUACGCGCAGCUCGGCCUGGAUCCAGAAACCUAUCGCCCAGCGAACUCCUUACUGUGUUCAUCGUAGGCGACUUCAGAGCUACCAUUCACGUCCAUAACCACACCACAGCAGGUCUCCUUCACACCUUCGAUUUGUCCGAGUCUUUGGCCAUGUUCUUCAGGUCCAAUUGCGCGGGGAUACUUCACACAACGAACAUGGCGGUCGCUGUGAUGCAACACUACGGGAAGUUCUAUCUGUUCGAUCCUUGCGCGAGGGACGACCAAGGGAGACCGAACUUCGACGGAGCGGCUUGCGUGAUGAAGUGCGAGAGCAUCAUGAAGAUGGCCAAGGUGUUCGUGGCCAAUAGUAACUUGAAAACCCCGAAUGUUUACACAUUGAACGCGGUGAACGUGUUGAGCUUGUUCUUCUUCUCGGACGCCAAGACCGGCUGUCCGCCGAAGUGUGAACAAUAA